AUGCCCGCGGUCCUUCCAGCCCACCACUCCUCUGCAUCGACACUCGUCUCCCAGGCAGACCUCGACAUCCUCUCCCUCCUCACCGCAGACGUCCCCCCCAUCUCCGUCCCCACCGGCACGGCUGCCAACGGCGCACGGAAAAAGGCCAACCUUCCCCGCCGCGACACGGCCAUUGACUCGCUCCUCCUCUCCGCCGUCCUCGCAGGUGCUGGAUCGCACACCCUCACCCGUCACCACUUUGGCCACGGCAUGGCCCCGUCCCUCACCCCAGGCGCAUAUGCGACCUGCGACCAGAGCAGGCCGUCGUCGCCCGCCCGUCGUACCCAGGCCCCUCCACCCGUCAAGAGUCAGCAGGCCCCACGCAGCGUGAGGCUGCAGGCCGAGCAGGCCCAGGGUGCCAACGGCGCUCCAGCGACGUCCCCACUCGCCGAGUCGUCCAAGACGGCAUCACAGGCUGCUGCCGCGACCUCGUCGUCGGCCUCGGUCUCUCCGACGACGGCCUUGGCCACGUCACGUGAGCGCCUUGCCGAGUCGUCUGCUCCCACCACUGUGUCGUCGGUGUCUGUUGCCAAGGAGCGCAAGCGGCGCAUGUCAAUAGACCCGGCCCCCAUCUCCCAGGUCUUGCAAGUCGCCUCGCCGGCCCACGUCAACUACUACCACGGCCGUGGCCUGGUGCUGAAUAAGACGGCCGAGAGGCCGCAGGUCCGGUGUAUGGCGCGCACCCGUGUGCCCACUCCACACGGCGACAUUUUCCUCCACCUCUACCACAACUCGACCGACAACAAGGAACACCUUGCCAUUGUCACCGACCCGAUCCAGCUCAGCGCCGAGGCCCGGCGUAACGCGCCCAAGGGUCGCCGCGAGAUCCGCUCGCGCUCCCUCGACGCCGUGUGGCGCGAGGGCGAGACCGACAUGGAGCGUAUUGUCCGUGGCGCCUACGUCGGCCGCCUGCACGCUGGCGAAGACGGGCAGCCGAGCGCACCGCACACGGCGGCAACGUACGCUCCGGACCCGGACGCCGAGGCCGACAUCCUGCCCAUGGUCCGUAUCCACUCCGAGUGCUUUACGGGCGAGACGAUCGGCUCGAUGCGCUGCGACUGCGGCGAGCAGCUCGACGAGGCCAUGCGCCGCAUUGCCGAGCCCCAGCGCGUCCCCACCACCACCACCACCAGCACCGGCAGCAGCGGCAGCCAGGACGCCCAGCUGCCCACGCCCGAGGCGUCGCGCGCACCCUCGCCUGGCGCGCGCCCGUCCGGCCCCCUCGUCCCCGGCCGCGGUGUUGUCAUCUACAUGCGCCAGGAAGGCCGCGGUAUUGGCCUGCUGGAGAAGAUCCGCGCCUACAACCUGCAGGACCUGGGCCACGACACCGUCACCGCCAACCUCCUGCUGGGCCACGGCGCCGACGAGCGCACGUACGCCGUCUCGGCCGAGAUCCUCGCCGACCUGGGCCUGGCAGGCGCCCAGGCCGUCGAGACCUCGGGUAUCCGCCUGCUCACCAACAACCCGGAAAAGGUCGAGGGCCUCCAGGGCGAAGGUGUGCGCAUCACCGAGCGCGUCGGCAUGGUCCCGCGCGACUGGCAGUGCCGCCACAGCGACUCGCCGCGCGGUGCCGCCCUCGAGCUCGACGACGACGAGAAGGAGUAUGACGAGUGGCGCGCGCGCCAGGCCGGCGUGGGCCUCCUCGGCGCCGCGACCACGCGCGGACCCGAGCUGGAAAAGUACCUCCGCACAAAGAUCGAGCGCAUGGGUCACAUGAUUGACAUUCCCGAGUCCGAGUAA